AUGGAAAACAACGGCAGGGUGGUGGAGCUCGAGUUGAAAGAGUUUGGCCUGACCGGAGCGGUGCCAGCUGAGCUUGGGCGCCUGAGCGCGCUGAUGGAUUUGAACCUCGGCGGCAAUCAGCUGACGCUCUUGCCGGCGGAGAUCGGGCAGCUCGCGUCUCUGGAGAGUUUGGAGCUUGGCUACAAUGAGCUGACGAGCGUGCCGGUGGAGAUUUGGCAGCUCGCGUCGCUUGAGGGGUUGUACCUCGGCGGCAAUCAGUUGACGAGCGUGCCGGCGGAGAUCGGGCAGCUCACGUCGCUGGAGGAUUUGAGCCUCGAAGCCAAUCGGCUGACGAGCGUGCCGACGGAGAUCGGGCAGCUCACGUCGCUGACGCAGUUGGACCUCCGCGACAAUCAGCUGACGAGCGUACCCGCGGAGAUCUGGCGGCUCACGUCGCUCACGUAUUUGAACCUCAACGACAAUCAGCUGACGAGCGUGCCAGCGGAGAUCAGGCAGCUCACGUCGCUGCGGGAGUUGUGGCUCAGCGCCAAUCACCUGACGAGCGUGCCGGCGGAGAUUUGGCAGCUCGCGGCGCUGGUGAAGCUGAGCGUCACCGAAAAUCAGCUGACGAGCGUGCCGGCGGAGAUUUGGCAGCUCACGUCGCUGACGGAGUUGUACCUCCACGGCAAUCAGCUGACGAGCGUGCCGGCGGAGAUCGGGCAGCUCACGUCGCUGACAGCGUUGUCACUCUACGACAAUCAGCUGACGAGCGUGCCGGCGGAGAUCGGGCAGAUCAGGUCGCUGGUGAAGCUGAGCCUCCACGGCAAUCGGCUGACGAGCUUGCCGGCGGAGAUCGGGCAGCUCAGGGCGCUGGUGGAGUUUGAGCUCGACCGCAAUCUGCUGACGAGCGUGCCGGCGGAGAUCGGCCACCUCACGUCGCUGACGGAGCUGUCCCUCCACGGCAAUCAGCUGACGAGCGUGCCGUCGGAGAUCGGGCAGCUCACGUCGCUUGGGGAGUUGAGCCUCAGCGGCAAUCAGCUGACGAGCGUGCCGGCCGCAAUGCGCGAGCUUGAAGCGGCAGGCUGCUAUAUGGAUCUGGAUCUGGACAGUGAUCCUGAGCCCGAGCCCGAGGAGGAGGAGGGGGAGCCCUUGGACUUCGACCUCUUCGAUUAA